AUGAGCAAAAGCAAGAGUGGUGAUGCAACACUGGCUGGUAGAGUUGCCACUCUCUGGAGGAAGAGGAGGAGAGAGAGGGAGAAGGGGGUGGUCCGGCUCGGGUCCGAUGCCGUCUCCUUCGCCUCUCACCAAUGCGAGAGGCUUCGAAGCGCGGAAGGCACAGAAGAGGAAGAAGAUGACGAGACUGCGGACGAGACAGUGGACGAGAUAGAGGACGAUGUACAGGACGAGAUAGAGGACGAUGUAGAGGACGAGGUAGAGGACGGGACACGGGAGGAGGCAGAGAAUAAUGAGAAGGACGAGGCAGAAGAUAAAGAGAAUGACGAAGUAGAGGAUGAAAAGAAGGACGAGGGAGAGGAUGAAAAGAAGGAUGAGAGAGAGGGUGAAGAGAAGGACGAGAUGGAGGUCGUGGCAAAAGUCGUGGCCAGGAAAGAGGCAGAGAAUGAAGAGAAGGACGAGGCAGAGGGCGAGGAAGAGGACGAGAUAGAGGAGGAUGUAGAGGACGAGAUAGAGGACGAUGUAGAGGACGAGAUAGAGGACGAUGUAGAGGACGAGAUAGAGGACGAUGUAGAGGACGAGAUAGAGGACGAUGUAGAGGACGAGAUAGAGGACGAUGUAGAGCUGCUCUAUCUCCUGCUACAUCUCCUGCUCUAUCUCCUGCUACAUCUCCUGCUCUAUCUCCUGCUACAUCUCCUGCUCUAUCUCCUGCUACAUCUCCUGCUCUAUCUCCUCGAUGUAGAGGACGAGGUAGAGGACGUGACACGGGAGGAGGCAGAGAAUGAAGAGAAGGACGAGGCAGAGGAUAAAGAGAAGGACGAGGUACAGGAUGAAAAGAAGGGCGAGGGAGAGGAUGAAAAUAAGGAUGAGGGAGAGGGUGAAGAUAAGGAUGAGAUGGAAGACGUGGCAAAAGUCGUGGCCAGGAAAGAGGCAGAGGAUAAAGAGAAGGACGAGGUAGAGGGCGAGGAAGAGGAUAUGGGAGAGGAGGAAGGAAACAGCCAGAGUGCGAGGGAGUCAUGGUUAACUGCUCCGAAUAAUUCUAGAGGCAAUGCAUUUCCACGAGGCAUUGAAACCGGGAGGCGAACCCCCCCUCGUCCUAGAAUCAGAAAAAAAAUCCCACACAGUCCCAGCUUCAAGAAGCGGCAGGCCCCUGGUAUCUCAAAGGUGACCCUUGCUGAAAAAAUGAGGGACUCGGCGGACUUGAUCCAACCUGGGGUCGACGGGGAACCGGCCAUCUAUGAACUCUGGAAAUCCGUCGUGGUGGAAAAUAAGUAUCUUGGAAUAGUGAAAUUCGACAUCGGACCACGGCUUCGGACGAAACAGGAAGAGAGGGUUCUCAUGAUCGUGGGACAGACCGGUGCAGGAAAGACAACGAUGAUCAACGGUCUGGCAAACUAUGUGUAUGGUGUCCGGUGGGAGGACGACUUCCGGUUCAAGAUCAUCACCGAGAAGGGCGACGUGAACGCGGAUGACAGGGCCCACAGCCAGACGAAAGGGGUCUCGGCCUAUUCCUUCAACUGGAAGGAGGGGAUGACGAUCCCGUACACGCUUACUGUCAUCGACACUCCUGGCUUCGGAGACUCCGAGGGCCUCCGCAGGGACGAGGAACUUGUUGUCAAGGUCAAUCUCUGA